AUGGACGAGGAUAAUAAAUGGCAUGUGACUCAAUUUGAUAAUAAGCACAAUCAUGAUUUGAGUCCAAGCAAAGCACAUCGUUUUCGAUGUAAUAGGAAAUUGACUAAACAUGCAAAGAGAAGUCUUAAUUUAUAUGAUGAAGCUGGUAUUCCGAUGAAUAAGAGUUACAACGCUCUUGUGGUUGAACAUGGAGGUCACAAGAAUAUGCCUUUUAGUAAAAAAGAUUGUGAGAAUUAUAUGAGAGAAAUAAGAAAACUGAGGUUGGCUGAGGGUGAUGCUGUUGCGCUACAAAAUUAUUUUAACAAAGCCCAGUCUAUAGAUUCCCAUUUUUAUUACUCAAUAGAUCUUGAUGAUGAAAAUAGGAUAAAAAAUUUAUUUUGGGCUGAUGCACGAUGUAGAGCAGCAUAUAAAGAAUUUAGAGAUGUCGUGGCAUUUGAUACGACAUACUUGACCAACAAAUAUGAUAUGCCAUUCGCGCCUUUUGUAGGAGUUAAUCAUCAUGGUUAG